AUGUCCUGCCACCUAAUACUAGAAGCUGAAGAGCUGUUAGAAUGUCCAUAUGAUAAAACUCACAUGAUCAGAGCCAAGAGGAUGCAGUAUCAUCUCAUAAAAUGCCGUCAGAAUCAUCUAACCAGGGAGUUUGCUACGUGCCCAUUUAACGCUACCCAUGAAAUGCCGACCCCUGAAUUAAGAUAUCACAUGGCUAACUGUCCCUUUAGAGAUAUGGUGGAGAAACAGAUAGAAUAUGAUGAAACACGUAGAAAUGGAUUAAAGUUAACAUUAAAAGGUUGUACAGACGUACCGCCCUACAACGCUGUUGAAAUAGAGGCUGAGGAGAAUUGGGAUGCAGAAAUACCUCUUCACACCCGGAUGGGAGUUGAUCAAAGUUUUUUUGACAAUCUACAAUACAGAGAUACGUCUAUGAUGCAGAAAGCUGCUAGAAAGGAGUACUACCAGAAACUACAGAAUAAGGCAAGAGGCCUCGAGGAACCUAGUAAGAAGAUAGAGAAUCCAGGGUUGCGAUUACCCAACCAGAAAUCAAAGGCAGCUCAGAUGCAUCAAGAAAGUUCUAAACCUCAUUCUCUAGAUGUAUUUAAAUAUUCUUUAUUACAAGCUGGUAUAGGCCGAGGUCGUGUGUUAUCAGAACAGAGUGUUACCAGGCCAGGGAAGACAAUAUCAAACGGGUUGCCUAGUAACAGUCAUUCUGUCAAUACUGGAGGUAAUCUGAAAGCUUUAAGUUAUUAUGAUUUUUGUUUUGUUUUGAGAAAGAGUGAUGUAGUCAAGAAGACUUCAAUAUAUUUUUGA